GGAACCUCUCGCCGCCAUUAUUCUCCCCCUUUCUCGUCACUGUCACGGCCGUCUCUCUCUCUCUCUCUACCCGUCCCCUCUGUCUCAGCCGCCAUCCUUUCUCCUCUCUCGCUGCCUUCUGGAUGAUAAGGUAGUCUUGGAAUCAUUCAAUCAUCUAAUGCGCUAUCUAUCCCUUGGUAAUGUCUUCUCGGCCUACCUACUUUUCUCUCCAGUCUAUUCUUCUGUUGAAUGUCUCCUCUGCUUCGUUUUGUUUCUCAGCUCUCGUUUCGAUUUCUGGUUUUUUUCUUUCAAUCCUUUUGUCUAUUAUUUCUCAAGUCUCAAACUUUAGGGCUCAGUUUAUGUUAUGGGGUUGUGACAGUGAAGCAUGUCAAUUUGGUGUACUCCACUGGAGUGCACAAAGCCAUCUCUUUUUCCUUCUUUUUUGGGUUACUUGUAACAAGCUAACUCAGACAUUAUAAAAUAGACAUUCUGUUUCUAUCAUUAAAGACAAUCAAUGGAGUGAAGCAACAUUACCACCUUUGAAGACAAUUACUGCAAGGCAUUUUGCAAAAACAAUAUUUGGUUGAUUCUUAGAUUGCUAUAUCGAAGGAGUGAGCUAACAUCACUACAUUUUUAGUGUUUUAGUGCAUAAGUGCUAAAUAUUGUUCCUUUUCUUUGAAAAUUUUAGUUAUCUUGCUGAUAUUAUAACCAGUUUUUAUUUGAUUUUGUAUUUUUAAAAUGUUUUUUUAAUUUUACAUGUCGAUCCAUUGGUUCAACAAACGACCUAUUGCCAAACUCUCGUCUUGGUCGUUGCCUGGUCCAAUUCUGCUAACAACGAUAACAAGUGAUCGUUUUGCUAAUUCAUGAGCUGUGCAUAUCUAAUGCUUGACAAAAUGCCUUUUUUUUUCUUUUUCUUUUGGAACCCUUGUGCAAGCCAUAUAUGUUUCUCCCACCUUUUGCUGAUGUGCACCUGCUGAUCAACUUUGUUUCCAAAGAGGAAGGAGACACAGUCAUGUUGCUGCAUGCACAUAGGACUAGAUAAAGGAGCACUGAUAUCUAACGUUGUGGCACAUGAUUCGAUCUACUCUUGCUCUUCGCUGCAAGUCCAUAACGGGUAGGCAUAUUAGAUGUCUUCCGUUUUGGAAUUUGGCAUUCUACCACCAAGCUGAUGAACUUGGCAGUGAAGAGUUGCUGCCAUCAGAAUGGUACAGAGCGGCUGCUGCUAAAAUAAUCAGACUGACACAUGUUCUAAAAGAUGUCAAGCAGAUAGAUGGAAGGAUAAUCAGCAUCAAUGACAGUGCUGUCAUUACAGAUGACCAUAUCAUCAGCCAUAUGGAGACCUUCAAGUCGCUUGCGAAAGCGUUCAUCGAGCCUACCACAUUGCAGCUCUCCCAAAGGAAGACAAAUGCACUGGCUGCACCACUCGUAUCUCCAAAACUUUUCUGUAGAGCGAGUGAAAGGAGCUUGAUGACGCUGAUUUCACUUACCCAAGUUUGUAACUUCCUUAAUGUCUCAGUUCAGAAGAGGAAGCAUGUUCGUUUGGCACUAUGUCCGCAAGUUACACAGCACAGUAUUUGGUGGGGAGUGCUUGAGGAGGUUCUCCAAGACUUGAAACAUGAAAUGGACUGCUUAGCAUGCCAUUCUAAGGCUUUCGAGAUGGGUGAGCAGAUACUAUUCAGCUGUAUAAAGUUUUUGACAGAUAUCAAGGGUUCAAGUGCUUCCUCCCCGUCGUGGAUGCGACCAGCCCCUUCAAAUAAGGUCGAGAAGUCGCUGCCAUCACGCAAAUGGGAAGAAGUUCUUGAUAUGUUUGUUGAUCUCUCAAAGGUCUUGGGCCAAGAGCAGAACUUGACAUAUCACCUCUCCAAGCUUGAUAUCAUGAAAGAAGGAUUGUACCAAAUCAAGGAUAUUCUGGUUGAGAGAGACAUUAGUCACAAGGAAGUUCGACGGCAGGACUACCUAGUCCAGAAGAAGUUUACAAAGUGCUUAGGGCACUCUUCCAAGUGUUUGUUCACUCUAUUGCUGUAUUAUCUGCAUGGAACCAUCAGAGAUAUUGAAGUUGAGGUUAGUGGAGGGAUUUACGAGUGUGGUGGUACUACAUACUUGUACAUUGGAAAGAUCUUACAUUCUUCUGAUGAAGGGUCAAUAAGGAGUGGGAUUAUGCAGCUGAACAGAGCUUUGAGUGUUUACCAGCUUGUGUGGCAAACAGCAGCUAUGGAUGGAGUAUUGGAGUUGCAAGGACAUCUUUGGUGUCCUGAGGCCGAGGAAAGGUCUCUCACAUACAGAGGGAAUGUGUAUCACAUUCACAGGUUAAGGUAUGAUUUAUGGAAAUAAUUUAAUUUUGCCGUGAAGGACAGAUUAGAACUCUUCGAUAUUCAUCUUUUCACUUCAUAAUGAAUCAACUGUAGUUGUCAUUCAAAUAUGAAUCAUACUGUGUUUAUUGCUUAGUUUAUGGACUAGACAUAGUACAUAAGCAUAUCUGUCAGGAAGCAGUUUGAAGUAGUGCCUUCAUUGAUGGUCUGUGGGUUCAAAUAUGUUACAUCAAGAUGGUCAUCGGUCAACCAGAGUCCUUUGGAACAGCACGUGCACAUUAUAAAUAAUGCUUAAUGAUCAUGUCAAAUCACUCUAAUGCUAUACUGUCUGGAGCAAGUGUCCUAAUGUUUUCUUGAUUAGUCCAUGUCUGAAGAGUAUCAGUAUGCAAAUAGAAAUAUGAGAAUUCUGUUAUACUGACAAUGUCACAUGGAUGAUUAGCCAUGUCAGCAUGUGAUCAUCAACAACACCGGCAUGCGUCUGAUCAGCAUCCACUUCAGUGUCCGAUCAACACAUCCGUCAUUGGCUACGCCACCAGAUCCAUGGUGCCAUGACCUCCUGACUUCCCAGAUCAGAUUUGGCUUGGGUAACCUCUCACCGACCUAUAAAUGUGGGGCUGUCUUGUAAUUUCAUAUAUAGAAACAUAUUCUACUUUCCCCAUCUCAUAUCAUAGUCUAACUUAAGAGUCCGAGUGGUGUUUUCUGUAACGUCCUUGACAUAAGUUUUGCAAGUUGGAUGCCUGAGUUGGCAUCCUUGAAAGCUUCAUAUGUUUUAGAGGAUAGAGGGAAGUUGUUAAAAGGGAACUUUUGAUAUUCUAUAAAAUUGAUUUUGUGGUAGAAGAGCUGCUGCAUUACUGGAAGAUUCUUAUUAGUAUCAUCCGGAGCUUUGUAAGAUGGUGAGGUAGCUUACUUGUUGUCAAAUGCUUGAUAACAAUUUAGAACUCUGGGUCCUAUGUUAUUGCUUACACUUGUGGGAUCGCAGUAUUUUGUGUGGUAAAUAAUGGCUAUUAUUGAAACCAAUACCGAUCU